CUGUCUAGCACAGUCUAGUGUCCCUACCAUAACUCGAAAGUAUAUUAGCAGUCUUGUAAGACACAGUCACUAUGCAGAGACAAAAGAAGUUUGCGACCAAAGGUGGUCUUCAUCGCGAAGAUUCCGAUGACGAACUCGGAUACGAGGAUCACCCCUGGCAAUGGAUAUAUGAAUAUGAGGAAGACGAACCAGCCAACAAAGGAGAACCGCCUUCGAAGAAACGAAAAACAAGCAAUGUCAGACCGACUUCAAGAAAACGUCCUAUCGUCGGUGCUCAGAUGAACUCAUUUGUUGUCAGAAUAGGAGAUGCUAUCUUGCUGAAAUCACCCGAGCAAGGCAAAGACUGGGUUGGACUCGUCUGUUCGUUCUCCGAAACCGACGAGGAUGGCGACGAGGACAUGUCGGUGUACAUCCAAUGGUUCUGUACGCCUGAGGAGUUGGCAUUUGGGAAAAGAUCAAAGAUCCGACCAGAUGUGCUUCCAAACGAGUCAUACAUCACAACAGAUUUCAAUAUGAACCCUCUAACCGCAAUCAAUGGCAAGGCAACAGUCUUGUCAACCGAUGCGUUUCUCAAGAAGUACCCGGAUGGGAAGCCGCCAAAGUCUAAGUCUGGGGUCAACCAAUUUGCAAAGACAAUCCAUUGUCGGCGAGGGGUCAAGCAAAGAAACUUGCAAUUCACCGAAGAAUUCGUCUGGGAAGACAUCUACAAAGGCCCAGAAGACUUGCUGGACCUCAUCGACUGGAUGAAGGAGCAGACGAAGAACAAGAGAAAGCAGACCUUCGAAAAGCAAGAAGACCUUGAAUAUGACCAAAAGAAAGAGACUGUGCAAGAUGAGCCAACAACACCACGUAAGCGGAAGAAGAUGACCUCCGCUGUUUCGACUCCACGGUCGUCCAUCAAAGGCUCAAAGUACAGUACACCGACGCACAAGCGGAUUAUGAUCAAGAAGCCUAUUGAGAUCACUCCUUUAGGAACGCGAAUCCUGUCGCCGGCACAAUACAUGUCAACCCCAUACUCACACGCACGCACAACUCUGCAUGUUUCUGCAUUCCCGACCUCCCUCCCGUGUCGAUCCAACGAGUUUACCACGGUCUACUCGCAUCUCUACUCGGCCAUUGUCGACGGGUCUGGGGCCUGCAUCUACAUCUCGGGUACGCCGGGCACGGGUAAGACGGCCACAGUUCGUGAAGUGGUCGGCACUCUCCACCAAGCUGUCUUAAACGAAGAACUUGACGACUUCAACUUUGUCGAGAUCAACGGCAUGAAGGUCACAGAACCACAUCAGUCAUACUCACUCCUCUGGGAAGCAUUGAAAGGUGAUCGAGUCAGCCCCAACCACGCCCUAAGUCUGCUGGAACAAGAGUUCUCGCACCCUUCGCCCCGACGAAUUCCCUGCGUCGUCCUCAUGGACGAACUCGAUCAGCUUGUCACGAGGAACCAAAGCGUCAUGUACAAUUUCUUCAACUGGCCGGCAAUGCGGCACUCGAAGUUGAUUGUGCUUGCCGUUGCCAAUACGAUGGACCUUCCGGAGCGGACUUUGUCCAACAAAAUCAGCUCGAGAUUAGGGCUAACCAGAAUCACCUUUCCUGGUUACACGCAUACGCAGCUGAUGGAAAUCAUAUCCUCAAGACUGGAAGGCGUGCCGGGGAACAUUGUCGACAAGGACGCCGUACAAUUCGCCAGUCAGAAAGUAGCCGCAGUUUCAGGUGAUGCUCGUCGUGCGCUGGAUAUCUGCCGCCGCGCUGUCGAGAUCGCAGAACAAUCACAGCAGAAAAUCAAUCCUACUUCUGCAAACGACGUGGGUACGGAUAUCGAAGUCGCUGCCGAUACCCCCAGCCGGAAAGGGAGGAACAAACCCGCUACGAUCAGCACGAAAGACAAUCAACAAGAUGAUGCUCCCAGAAAAAUGGCUAGAGUCACUAUCGCAACGAUAAGACAAGCCAUCAAUGAAGCCACCUCGUCUCCGAUUGUUCAACAUCUACGAUCGUUGCCGUUGUCAUCUAAGCUCUUCCUCGCUGCUCUUCUUGCUCGUACCCGUCGCACCGGUGUCGCCGAGUCCAAUUUAGGCGAAGUAGUCGUCGAAGCCAAGCGCAUCGCCGACGUCGCUGACAACAGUGCCAUCCAUGAUUUUCUGCUUGUCGAUGACUCCACUGGAAAAACGUCAUCCAAGAUGCCACGAAUCCUUGCCCUCGGCGCCGCGGCAAUGGAGCUGGUAGAAGCGGGCAUCAUAGCGAUGGAGACGAGAAACAGAGGUGAAAGAGCAGGCAAAGUCAGAUUCAAGGUUGGAGAAGAGGAGGUGAAAAGCGCGCUUAUGGGUGACGCAGAGGUCAAGGGCUUGGGUUUCAGUUCCUGAGAACUGAUGCUGUCCAGCAGCAUUGAUCAUGAAUGAACAUAUAAACAUGCACAUCGCUGCGCUGGUGGCAAUCCAUAAUCAUGUCAGAGCAAAGGCUUGACCCUGCUCAAAUUGUGAUCAGCAUCUUCAGAGCCUCAUGCUCAGCCGCCGCCUUGAAUGUGCUGUACGCCUUCUCCAUCUCCUUGAACGGCAGCUCAUGCGUGAUCAACUUCCCAGGCUCUAUACCUCCGGCCGCGAACAGCUUCAGUAACAUCGGCGUGGUGACCGUAUCAACCAGCCUCGUGGUCAAGGACAUAUUGCGAUCCCACAACUUCUCAAUCUUCAAAGU